CAUGCAUUUACCAAAAGAAAUGGCUUUUAACCUCAGAACCACGGCAUUGUUUCUACUGGGAACGCUGGUAUUCACAGCGGCGGCGGCGGAAGGGCGGCGGCUGGAAGAGAAGGCGGCCGGGCUGGCGGAUUGCUGGGGAGCGCUUGCGGAGAUCAAGUCCUGCUCCGGCGAGCUGUUCCAGUACUUCUUUAGCGACGGCCGGGUGGAUGUCAUUAGCGACGGAUGUUGCCGGGCCGUGUCCACAAUCACUCAUAACUGCUGGCCCGCGAUGCUUGACUCUGUGGGCUUCACGGCCCAACAAGCCCACUUGCUGAGAGGGUACUGCGACGCGGCUCUUGCUGAAGGUGGCCGUGAUGCUCCGGCGCCGGCGCCGGUUAGUGGUCGUAAUUCGUUUGCUUAAAGUGCGAUAGUUGGUCGAGUUUGUGAUGAACGAAUGGAAAAUAAAAAAUAAUUUUGUUCAUAGUAAUAAUAAAAAUAACGUUUGUUAAUGAAUGUUAUGUCUUACG